ACCUGGUCUUAGGUUCUCCUGUCCGUGAUUUCUAGUCCACCCACUCCAGCAAUUUGCCACAAUUACUGAUUGAGGUCAUUUUGAUGGUGGAGGACCAAUCGGUGGGCCUGUUGCUCCCAGAGGCUCCAAGCCUUGGAACAUUAAGCCCUUACCAUGCAGGUCCUGUUGCCAGGGCAACACAGAAGUCUCCUCCUGUCUAGCCACUUGUCUUCCACAGAGACACCGAAAUUUUUCUUCCUCAUCUACCUGGGACUUCUGGGAAAAGCGGAAAUCCCAUGUGGCCUUAGCACAGCUGGCCUGGGAGACCCCCAGCGUUGCGCAGCGCAGCCGCGUGACUGAGGCGCGAUCUUCCACUCUCCUGCUCCAGGGCCUCUAGGCAGCCUCCAGAGUGAGCUCCGCAGCCCGAAGGCAGCAUUUUUCCGCCGGUGGUCGCAGCGUCCGCAGAGUCGGAGAAAGCUGCGUCAGAGACUGCAACAGUCAUCACACAUUCCUAUCUGAUCAAGCUCCCUCCAAGUCCUCUGCGAUGGCUCGGGCAAUGAUUCAGGACUGGUGCAGGUGGAUGGGUGUGAACGCAGAGCGCUCCCUGCUCAUCCUGGGUAUCCCUGACGACUGCGAGGAACAUGAGUUCCAGGAGGCAGUGCGGGCUGCCCUGUCACCCCUGGGCAGGUACCGAGUGCUCACCAAGGUCUUCAGAAGGGGGCUUGGGGCCAGGGCAGCCUUGGUGGAGUUCGCUGACAGUUUAAACCGAAGCUUGAUUCCCCGUCAAAUACCAGGCAAAGGGGGACCGUGGAACGUGAUCUCCCUGUCCCAGGCUCCUGAUGCUGAGUUUCAGGAUAUGGCCAGUUUCCCUGCACAGCCGCAGGGGCAAGCAGUGGCCAGAGGUGCAGGUGAGGCAGGAGGUGCAGGUGAGGCAGGAGAUGAAGAUGAGGCAGGAGGUGAAGAUGAGGCAGGACGAGAAGAUGAGGCAGGAGGUGAAGGUGAGGCAGGUGGUGAAGAUGAGGCAGGAAGCGCAGGUGAGGCAGGAGGCGCAGGUGAGGCAGGAGGCGCAGGUGAGGCAGGAAGUGAAGAUGAGGCAGGAAGUGAAGAUGAGGCAGGAAGUGAAGAUGAGGCAGGAGGUGAAGAUGAGGCAGGAGGUGCAGUUGAGGUAGGAGGUGCAGGUGAGGCAGGAGGCGCAGGUGAGGUAGAGACCUGGACCCAGUCAUGGAACAGGGCCCUGUGGCCUCUGCUGAAAACUGUGGGCCACCAGGAACUGAGACACUUUUCUGGGAUGGUGCAGCCAGGCUGCAUGGAAGACUCCUUUGAGAGCUGGCUGGAGCAUGUCAACGACAUGCUGCAGCUGUGGUGCGAUGCAUCAGAAAGCGAGAGGAGGAGGCGGGUGCUGAGCAGCUUGCGCGGUGCCGCCCUGGAGAUCGUGAACGGCCUCCUGGAGGAAGAGCCCAGCUUCUCCACGCUGGACUGCCUGGCGGCGCUGGGGCACGCAUUUAGGAAUCGGGACACAUGGGUGACUACACGGCUGAAGUUCCUGACCUGCACGCAGGGGCCCCAGGAGGAGCUGUUUGCCUUCGUGGUGCGCCUGGAAGGCCUGCUGCAGAAGGCCAUGGAGAAGGGGGCCUUUCACCCAGCCAUGGCCAACCACUUCAGACUGCGGCAGGUGCUGUCUCGGGCCCGCCCCAGCGAGGCUCUCCAGGAUACCCUGAAGCAGAUGCAGCUGGAUAGGAGGCCGCCUGGCUUCCUACGGCUGCUUCGGCUCAUCCGGGAGAUGGAGGUGUGGGUGGCCUCCCCAGCAAAGAGCCAGCAGGGUGCAGCCUGGCCAGAGGCCCCAGUGGAGAGUGAACACCCAGCUGCUGCCCAGAUGGCCCCUGCCCGAGGAGAUGUCGCCCAGGCCUCCCCAGCCCAGGGGGAUGCCAGCGACGCUGAUCCCAGCAGAGAAGAUGCUGCUGACGCCCCUUCUGCCAGCAAAGAGGCCGCCAGGGGCACCCCUGCCACUGGGGAAGAUGAAAAUGCCCCUGCCUGCCUCAAAGUCCUAGGUCAGGCAGGGCCCAUCGAUGUCCCUGGGGGCCUCCCAGACCAGAUGGGCAAUGCAGUUGAUAUGGCCCCAGGAGGUCCCAGCUGGGAGCCAGAGGGCGUUGUCCAGGUGGGAGGACAGGAGGCUGAGGAACCUCCCCAGGAGGGGCUCAAGCCCAUCUUGGAGGAGUCUGAAAACGAGGAUGAGGAUGGGGCUGGGGAGGCGGGCCAGCCUAAGUCCUCCCCGGGCAAAUAGGCUCCAAGGGCCCAAAGGCUCCUCUCCUCUCAGGCAGCAGCACGCUAGAGGCAGACGGAGGCCAGGCCAGGGCCAGUCCCUCACCCUAUAUCAGGAGUAGUGCCUCCCACCUCCCCCAAGGGGCCCUGGCCACCACCCCCAGCCCUUCCCCAUGACCCAGAUGACCACGUUUGAUUCCAAAUGGGGGGCUGGCCUGGAGGGAUCCCUGAGUGGCCAGCUGCGGCCUGGGCAGGGGCACCUGAAGAUGUCUGCCUCCAACCCUUGUCCUGGGUUGGGAGAGAUGCAGGAAAGAGGCCCUCUCAAGGCUGCCAGCUGCCUGGGUCUCCAAAGAGGAGUCCCCCCACUCACCAUCCCCAGGGCACUAUACCCCUGUUCUAGGAAUCCCACCCUUACUUGUGUCGGCCCUGUAGUGACCCACGCACCCGAGACGCUCACCCACUGCUAGCUGUUGUUCCCGUGCAAAGUUGUGUACUGUGUGCCCACCCGGGUGGCUGCCUCUGGGCCCGGGACACGUGCUGUGAGCUUCCUGCAAGCCCACGCUCUGCUCGCUGCUGUCUGUCCCUCGUCGUGAGCACCACCUCUGCUUUCCCGGCGUAGAUCUAGGCCAGGGGCUGCUUGUUCUGGUGGAGCUGUGUGUGUUCUUCUCUGAACAGCUUCUCCCUGGAGGCCCCCAGUGCAGUCCCGGGAGAUGGCGGAAAAGAGGAACCAGGACAUAGCGGAUGCUUACUCAGUGACUGUGAUGCUGACAGUGACUAUAGGAAGAACUGGACCCAGGACGGAGCGGGGCUGCCCUGCCUGAGGCUCCCCGGGGAGCUUUGUGCUUUGGUGUUCCACCCCUGUUGUUACUUGUGACUCAGUUUCCUCGACCCGGUGGGGUGUUCUUUGCUGUGUUUUCCAGUGUCCUGUGACUUUCCUGUGAAAGCCAUAAGGCAGGGCCCCACCCCAGCGGAUGGGCUCAGAAGGGGGCUUCCUGAAGCCAGUGGACACUGCCAGAGUCCACCAUCCUGGCAAGAGGCGGACCUGGGGCCCUCGGGAAGGAGGGAGGUGGCCGAGGGGGCUGCAGCGGGAGGGGAGGCAGAUGAGGUGCUUUGCCAGGAACCCCAGGAGGAGGGGCCCCAUGACCUGUGGCCUGCGGUGGCUGUUUGCAGUUUCUCUCUGUGUUGUGGUUCCCUUCUCUUCAAUGGUUUCGAUGUGUGUUUCUCUUCAAUAAAUUUCAUUCCGUGUUCCA